AUGUCGCAUUCACUUGCCAAAGCGGAUUUUUUAGACAUUAGUCCAACAUUUAGUACGCGACGUCCGAAAGACAAGGAAAACGACGCACCUAUUCCAGUUUUGAGUCUAGUGCAGUUUUCACGCUCUCCUUUCGUGACUUUUGGAACUUUAAAGUUGGGGUCUUCAAAAUCUCUACCUUUACGCGUUGAAAACCCGACUGAGGACGCUGUUAUUACCGUGUCUGUGGAUAAAAUCCCCUCAUCCAAGGGCUUCUCUAUAGAUCAGACAUCUUUUACUAUUCACCCUGAAGAAAGUGUGAUUGUAACUGUAACGUGGACGCCAGCAGAAGAGGGUGGUGUUAGAGAACUGCUUAGCUUUGUUGCAAAUGGCAUCGUCAAACACCAAGCAAUUUUGCUUGGAAAAGCAGAUGCUCCAAAGACUAAAAAGAAAAGUCUUUGGGAUUCAAUUAAAUCCAAGAAAGAUCACUCAAAAGGUGGGAAAGUGGCUUCUAUUACAGUCAAGGCAGCCAACAAGACAUUUCAUGUGUCACGACAUUCUCAAUACAAGAAAAAUAGAGGAUCAAACCCGCUUACGCCAUUAAACCAUGAAAGAGCUUCUCGCAGAUCUAUUGGCAGUAAGGAGAAAAAUCGUCGGUCUGGGAAUUCCCAGGUUUCUCAAGCUCUACCCAAGUCUAUCUGUGACAACUCGAAAAACAAAUUACAAAAUAACUCUCCAGUUGUUGUGUUAGUGCCAGCUGAUCAACUUCUUGAUGGCAUUAAUAAAGACAAUAAUUCCUCUGGGCUGUUUGCUGAUGGCAAGGAAAUCCGCAUAUUAAAUAAAACGCUCUCCCCUAUUAGCACCCCACAAAGGUUUUCCAACCCCCUGAUGCCUCAGUUUCAAAGUCCACUUCCUGUCAUUAGCAAAACAAAUAAAGUUGGAUGUAAUGAAUCAGGAACUAUGUCUAUAAAGGAUGCAUUGGCAGUUAUUGAAUCAGAUCUGGCUCAUGCUGUGAGCCCUCCGAAUGCUUGCUCAAGCUUUAAUUUGCCUGAUUCGCUGGAGUCUGACUGCGAGCCUAAGACAGCUGUAAGGACUGUGGCAAACAUCUCUCCUCAGACUGACCUUGCUCAACCUAGAUUGAUGUUUUUUGUCAAAUCAAACAAAGUACAUGAUUCAGAUGUUAAUGCCCUCAUGUCCAGCACUGUUUUUUGCCCUGCCACAUCAGAUGAGCAAUUAGCUCAGAAAGGUCCUAAAACCAAAAAAAUACUUUUCAACUGUGCUACAGUUACCAAAAACAAAGCAGAAGUUUCUCCUGAGCGCAGUCCCUGUACAAGCAAAACAAGAACCUCCAGACGUAGACUUCUGCAGAAGCCACCUCAAGUGUCGGAUCUUAGUUCAGGUUCUAGUACAAACCUGAACAAAGCCUGUGAGCAGGAGAUUCUACCUGUCAUUAACUGUGACACUGAUAUUAAUUUAAGAUUUACCAUUACUACUACUUCACCAUGCGACCUACAACAAUUGCUGCCACAACAACUGGAAUCCCCAGAUCAGUCUUUUUCAGUACAAGAUCACACCAACUCAAGACCUGAUGAAGAGCGGAAUGGGUGGAAUUGUGUAGCAUCUGACGGUCACUCUCUGGGCAGUCGGGUGCUACCAUCCUUUGCCUCUUUGGACUCUUCUACACAUAGUUGCACAGCAAAUCAGAACAGAAAGAGGAAAAGUGAAGAAUUUUCUCAGGACAACCUAAGUGCUUUGUCCUUUGAAGUAAAAAAAAGUUGUGCCUUCAGACAACAACCCAAAAAACCAUGUCCUGAUAAAAGAUUCAGUUCAAGACCUGAAAAGACACAAAGCAAAUCAAAAGCACCACCAAGCUUGAAGUCUACAACUGCACUACCCAAAAGGUCUAAGCCAAAAUCUGCUCAACAAGGUGGACAGUCUGUAAAAUCAUACGGCACAUUAAAAGUGAAAUCUGCAAAGGUUAUAGCUGUGGCACAGUCCCAGCUAACCUUUAUUAAGCCCAUACAAUCAGCGCUACCCAGGCAUCCACUGCCAUUUGCUGCCAAAAACAUGUUUUAUGAUGAGCGAUGGAUUGAGAAGCAGGAACGAGGAUUCACAUGGUGGAUGAAUUAUGUCCUCACUCCCGAUGAUUUUAAAGUUGCCACUGAAGUCACCAAAGUAAAUGCAUUAACCUUAACUAUGGGAGGUGAGAAGUUCAACAUACCCAAAGCCCCUACUAAAGAGGAGAUGUCAUUCAAAACCUAUACAGCCCGGCGGCGCCUGAACCGCCUUCGACGUGCAGCAUGCAAUCUGUUCACGUCUGACUCUAUGGCAAAGGCCAUAAAGAGGCUUGAGCUGGAAGUUGAAUCCAAGAGACUCCUUAUACGCAGGGAUCGGCACCUCUGGAAGGAUAUAGGUGAAAGGCAGAAAGUUCUAAACUGGCUCCUUUCUUAUAAUCCACUUUGGCUACGAAUUGGCCUGGAGACUAUAUUCGGAGAAUUGAUUUCCUUGGAGAGCAACAGUGAUGUCAUGGGCCUGGCCAUGUUUAUUCUUACUCGACUGCUCUGGAAUCCAGAUAUUGCUGCGGAUUUCAGACACCCCAAAGUUCCCCACUUAUACAGAGAUGGACAUGAAGAGACUCUGUCCCGCUUCACUUUAAAGAAGCUGCUUUUACUCGUCUGUUUCCUGGACAAGGCCAAAGAGUCCAGGCUAAUUGAGCAUGAUCCGUGUUUGUUUUGCAUGGAUGCUGAAUUUAAGACAAGUAAAGAUCUACUGCUGGCUUUUUCUCGAGACUUCCUAAGUGGGGAAGGCAUUCUCUCACGCCAUCUCAGCCUUUUAGGCCUUGCUGUUUCACAUGUUCAGACACCCCUGGAUGAGUUCAACUUUGCUGUUCAUAAUCUAGCCACUGACUUAAAAUGUGGCAUUCGAUUGGUGCGUGUCAUGGAGAUUUUUACUCAAGACUGGUCUCUGUCCAAAAAGCUGAGGAUGCCUGCAGUUAGUCGCCUUCAGAAAGUGCACAAUGUAAAUGUCGCAGUGCAAGUGCUCAAAGAGAAAGGGGUGGACUUAAAAGAUGAGCAUGGGACCAUCAUUGAGCCCAAAGACGUAGUAGAUGGACACAGAGAGAAGACCCUUAACCUUCUUUGGAAGAUCAUUUUUUCAUUUCAGGUUGAGGUUCUGCUUGAUGUAGAGGAACUCAAAGAGGAAAUCAGCUUCCUUAGAAAAACCUGGAUGACAAAGCAAAAACUGGUUUCUUUGAGGGCUGAUAAAUGUGGUGUUAAGCGCACAAAAGUAAGGACAUUCGAAAACCCUAAUGAGAAACUAACCCUGCUGAUGGACUGGGUCAAUGCCGUUGGUGAAUUUUAUGGUGUAAUGGCUGAGAACUUCACAGUUUCAUUUUCUGAUGGUCGAAUUUUUUGCUAUCUCAUCCAUCACUACCAUCCAAAUCACAUACAAGCUGAGAACAUUCAAAAGGAAACCACACAGACAAUUGAGUGUGGUACUAAUGGCAAACUGGAACUAAACAGCUCAUGCAGUGACUCUGAAUACUCAUUUGACUCACUGGAGCAAAAUGGUUUAGAGUCACCAUCAGUGGAUUUCAAAGCGCUUCUUGAAAAUGAGAAAAGAAAUUUUGAAUUGGUGAGCACAGCUGUUUCUCACCUUGGAGGAGUUCCUACAAUGAUUACUCCAGAGGACAUGUCUAACACUAUUCCAAAUGAAAAGGUGGUUACAUGUUAUCUGUCCUUCCUUUGCGCUCGACUUUUGGACCUUCGUAAUGAGUCCAGGGCAGCCAGAGUUAUCCAGAGUGCAUGGAGAAGGUACAAGUUGAAAAAAGAAAUGCAGUAUAACAAGCUAAGGAAUCAAGCAGCACGCAAAAUCCAGGCCCUUGUGCGUACAUUUUUAUGUAAGAGAAGACUGAACAGACAGAACAUUGCUGCAACCAUCAUUCAGGCCUACUGGAAAGGUCAUUCUGCCCGACUACAGUUGAGAAGGAUUAAGGAAGCCAAGCAGUUGGUUAUCCAAAACGCGGCUGCAGUUUUAAUCCAAAAAUUAAUUUUUUUUUUUUUUCUUAAAUUGUUUCUAAUAAAAUAAUUGAUGCCUCUUGUUUUCCAGGCAGCCUUUCGAAAAUGGCACACAAGAAUGAUGGCUCAGAAAAACUGUGCUGCUGUUAAAAUCCAGUCAUGGUACAGAAUGAAACGUAGUCAGAAACAUCUGGCUUUGACAUUCCCGGCCAUAUACCUUCAAACAUGGUUCAGGGGUAGAUGCCAGAUAUGCAAGUUUCAUAUAAUGAAAAAACAGCAUCAAUCUGCCAUCACUAUCCAGAGUGCUUUUAGGGCCUACCUUGUCCGAAAACAAAUACAUGACACGAAGCAAGCUGCUGUUAUUAUUCAGAGGUGGUAUAAGGCUUGUUUGUUGAGAAACGAGGAGAAAAGGCAGUAUCAAGAAAUAAAGUCUGCAGCCAUUGUGCUACAAGCAGCAUUCCGAGGAUUGAAAGCGCGUAAAGUAAUAGCGCUGCAAAGACACAAAGAACGCCAGAGGAGAAUCAACCAGCUUCACCAGUGUGCCACCAUAAUCCAGUCCCAUUAUCGUAGACAUGCAGCACAAAGAAAAUUUCUUUGCAUGAAGCAUGCCGCUGUAAUCAUUCAGAGACAUUACCAAGCUUUCCUGUUGGCUAAGGAAAAACGAUCUGAAUUUCUAUUCGUGAAAAAAGCCGCAAUCGUGCUUCAGAGCGCAUUUCGAGGCAUGAGAGUAAGGCAGGACAUGAUUAAGAAAUGCAAAGCUGCUGCUGUAAUUCAGUCAGCUUAUAGACAUCACUUGCAAUUCCUAGCUCAAAGAAGGGCUGCCAUCAUCAUUCAGCAGCACUACAGAGCAUAUGUACUUGGACAGUUGGAACGAGAGCACUACGUUCAAUUAAAAAAAGCAACCGUAAGACUUCAGACUAUAUAUCGUGGCUGUAAGGCAAGAAGAGAACUUAAAAGAAGGCAUCAUGCUGCAACUAUCAUUCAAGCGUAUUUUAGGAUGCACAAGGUACAAGUCUUCUUUCUUGCUGUCAAGCGUGCUACCACUGUGAUACAGCAGCGUUACCGAGCGCAUGUCUUGGCUAGGCACACACGUGCAUCUUAUCUACAGUUAAAAUAUGCCACUGUGACUAUACAGUCAUCUUUCAGAGGAAUGAAAGUGCGCAGGAGUCUUCAAAAAAUGCACCAAGCAGCAACUGUCAUACAGGCUUGCUUCCGUGGACACUUGCAAUUUGCGAAGUACAAAAGACAAAAAUGGGCAUCAUCUGUUAUUCAGAGCCAGUUUUGUGCCUACAAGAUGAAGAACAUGGUUGAAAAGAGCUACGUGGCAAUGAAAAAAUCAGCCUUGUGUAUUCAGUCGGCAUAUCGUGGCAUGAGAGUGAGGAAACAGAUCUCAGAAAUGCAUAGGGCUGCACAGAUUAUCCAAAUGAGUUACAGAGCACACAAGCAAUGCAAAGAAUAUCAGGCCCUUAAACAAGCUACUGUUCUCAUUCAAAGAGUAUACAAGGCGAAACUUGUAGCAAACCAGCAGCGUGAGAGGUAUAGCUCCAUGCGAAAAGCAGCCAUCACCUUGCAGGCUGCGUACAGAGGAAUGAAGGUGAGAAGAGAAAUGCAAGAGAGACACAAAGCUGCUACUGCAAUUCAGUCAGCUUUUAGACGUCACUUGCAAUUCCUAGCUCAAAGAAGGGCUGCCAUCAUCAUUCAGCAGCACUACAGAGCAUAUGUACUUGGACAGUCGGAACGAGAGCACUACGUUCAAUUAAAAAAAGCAACCAUAAGACUUCAGGCUAUAUAUCGUGGCUGUAAGGCAAGAAGAGAACUUAAAAGAAGGCAUCAUGCUGCAACUAUCAUUCAGGUGUAUUUUAGGAUGCACAAGGUACAAGUCUUUUUUCUUGCUGUCAAGCGUGCUACCACCGUGAUACAGCAGCAUUACCGAGCGCAUGUCUUGGCUAGGCACACACGUACAUCUUAUCUACAGUUAAAAUAUGCCACUGUGACUAUACAGUCAUCUUUCAGAGGAAUGAAAAUGCGCAGGAGUCUUCAAAAAAUGCACCAAGCAGCAACUGUCAUACAGGCUUGCUUCCGUGGACACUUGCAAUUUGCAAAGUACAAAAGACAAAAAUGGGCAUCAUAUGUUAUUCAGAGCCAGUUUCGUGCCUACAAGAUGAAGAAUGUGGUUAAAAAGAGCUACGUGGCAAUGAAAAAAUCAGCCUUGUGUAUUCAGUCGGCAUAUCGUGGCAUGAGCGUGAGGAAACAGAUCUCAGAGAGUCAUAGGGCUGCACAGAUUAUCCAAAUGAGUUACAGAGCACACAAGCAAUGCAAAAAAUAUCAGGCCCUUAAACAAGCUACUAUUCUCAUUCAAAGAGUAUACAAGGCGAAACUUAUAGCAAACCAGCAGCGUGAGAAGUAUAGCUCCAUGCGAAAAGCAGCCAUCACCUUGCAGGCUGCGUACAGAGGAAUGAAGGUGAGAAGUGAAAUGCAAGCGAGACACAAAGCUGCUACUGUGAUACAAGCCAUGUACAAGAUGUACAGAGUAAGAAUGCCCUUCCAAGCUAUGAAAAUUGCUGCUCUGCUCAUCCAGAGACAGUACAGGUGCUAUUUAAAACAAAAACUUGCAAGGGAACAUUUUCUAAAACUGCGCCAUAGUGCCAUAACCAUCCAGGCUGUUUUUAGAGGGCAACGGAAAAGGCGUGAAAUUGCAGCGAUGCGAAAAGCUGCUGUAAUUAUUCAGUCCCAUGUAAGAAAGUACCUACAAAAAAGUUCAUACCAGAGACUACAGUGGGCAGUCAGGUCUCUUCAGCGACGUUACAGAGCCAACAAAAUGAUCAAACAAGAGAUGGAGGCUUUACAAAAUAAGAAGACUGCGGUUAUUGUUUUACAAGCAGCGUUCCGUGGUAUGAAAGCCAGGCAAACUUUGGCACUCAAGCAUCAGGCUGCCAGCAUCAUUCAGAGCGCUUACAGGACUCACUGUGCCAGGACUCGAUAUCUGUGUAUGAAAUUUGCCGCUAUUGCCAUUCAGCAAAGAUACAGAUCUCUGCUUGUGGCUCGUAAUCAGAGGGAGCAGUUUCUAAAACUACGUUGUGCUGCAGUAACCCUUCAGACCUACUAUAGAGGCCACAAUGUCAGAAGACAAAUAAUGCUCCAGCAUCAGGCAUCUACGUUGAUUCAAGCUGCCUUUAGAAGACACAGGGAGGUAACCAAGUACGAGGCCAUGCGGUUAUCAGUCGUCAUCAUACAGAGACAUUUCAGAUCGUAUAAAGAAGCUAAAGUGGCUCGUGAGAGAUAUUUAACCCUGAGAAACUCUGCCAUUGUGCUUCAAGCAGCUUUUAGGGGGUACUCUGUUCGCCGGACCAUGACAGAAAUGCACAAAGCAGCCACGGUCAUUCAGGCUGCGGUACGAAUGCAUAUGCAAAGAUCAGCAUUCAAGAGAGAACAAUGGGCAGCAAGUGUUCUUCAGGAGAGAUUUCGAGCUUGGAAACUUGGACAGAAGCAAAGACAAAGAUACCAGCAAUUAAAGCAUGCUGCAAUUUGCUUGCAAAAGUCAUUCAGAGGCAAGCGUGGAAGGGAACUUGUGAAACAGAUUAAGGCUGCAAAGGUGAUUCAAUCCUAUGUAAGGAUGUCUAUCCAGAGGCGGAGGUUUUUAAGUACAAAGGCUGCCGCUGUUGUGCUUCAGUCGGCUUAUAGGGCACAUUACUGUAGAGUACGCUACUCCAGAAUUCAAAAGUCUGCAGUCAUAAUACAGCAAUGGUACAGAUCCUGCAAACUGGUCCAGAAAGAGCAAAAUGACUUCAAAACCAUUCAGAAAGCCACGCGGACCUUGCAGUGUGCAUUCCGAAGAAUGCUUACAAGGCGACAUGAGAAAAGAAGACUUGCUGCAAUCAAGAUUCAGUCAUUGUUUCGCAUGCACGUACACCACAUUCACUACAAGAAGCUGCGGUCAUGUGCCAUAAAGUUACAAGCUAACUACAGAAUGUGUACAGCCAGAAGAAACUACCUGAGAUAUCAGGCUGCUGCAGUUACUGUACAGAGGUUCUACAGAGCAUACAGAGCAAAAACAAACCAGAGACAACAUUAUGUUACUACCCUCCAACGAAUUAGAACCCUUCAAGCUCGAGUGCGUGGAUUCAUUGUAUACAGAAGAUUCCAAAAGAUGAGAUCCAGUGCAGUCACAAUUCAGACACAUUAUCGGGGAUUGAUUGAGAAACGCAAGUUUCAGCACUUGAAGAAAUGUGCAUCUGUUAUACAAAAGCAUUACAGAGCUUAUCAGCUCUGCCAGAGGGAGCGAGCACAGUUCCUCAAAAUAAGGAGGUCGGCAGUUGUAAUACAACGAGAAUUUCGCGCCUACCAAUCAAGAAAAAUCUACAUGCAGACACAAGCUGCAAUAAAAAUUCAAGCAUGGUUUAGAGGAUGCCAAGCAAGACAGCGAGUACAGUUCCAAAGAAUCCGAAAAUCAGCUGUUAAUAUACAAGCCUUGUGGAGAGGUUACAGUGUGAGAAAAGCAAUUCAAAAGGAACACAAUGCAGCAGUGGUGAUCCAGUCAGCUUUUCAAGGGUAUAGUCAAAGGCGUACUUUCAAGCUCCGGUCAGCUGCCACUGUGUUUCUCCAACGGCGUUACCGAGCUGUACGGGCUGUCAAAGCUGAAAAGGAGAAGCAGAGGAGGAAAAAUGCUGCUGCCAUCACUAUACAGGCUUUUUGUCGUGGCUGGCACACAAGACAACAGAUUAUCAAAGCUGCCAGAGCUGCAAGGUGUCAGCGUUUUGCCGCAGCAGUUUUCCAUCAUCUGUGUGCAGUGAAGAUUCAGAGGGCCAUGAGAGCUUACUGGACCCUGAGAAAAGCCAAGAAGCAGAUAUCAUCAGUCAUUUAUAUCCAGCAAAAGUUCCGGGCCAAGCUCCAGAGAAAGAAAUAUCUAGAACAAAGACAGAAAAUCAUCAUGGUACAGAAAGCAGUGAAGCUUUGGUUCAAUCGUCGCAAUCAGGCUGCCACUGUUAUACAGGUUGUUGCCAAGAGAUUCCUUCUGAGACGGAGGAAAGAAAAACUGAAUCAAGGAAUUCUGAAAUUUCAGGCACUUUGGAGAGGUCAUCAGUCAAGAAAAAAUCAUGAUACAUCCAAACUCAUUUCCAUCAGGCAUCGUGUCAAGAAAGUCAACAAAGAGGCCAAAGAAGAAGAUAAGCUGUGUCACAAAACAUCGACUGCUUUGAGUUACCUGCUUGGAUAUCAGAAUUAUGCCUAUAUUCUUGUUGCUCUGAAGCAUUUGGAAACGGCGACCAGACUUUCACCAGAGUGCUGUGAGCGGCUUGUGAACAGUGGAGCAACACACAUUCUCUUUACCUUGAUACGAAGCUGCAACCGGAGUGUACCUUCAAUGGAAAUCAUAAGUUUAGCAAUCCAAGUUCUUCUAAAUCUAUCAAAGUACAACAAAACAAUCGAUGCAGUAUAUGAAGUGGAGAACUGUGUGGACACACUCCUAGAUUUGCUCCACAUAUACAGAGAUAAAGCUGGAGAUAAAGUUGCAGACAAAGGAGGCAGCAUCUUCACCAAAACAUGCUUGUUGUUAGUGAUUCUUGUACAGGAUGAAGAACGUGCAAUGGGAGUUAAAAAGCUUCCAAAGGCACCUGAGCGCAUUGGCAGGAUUUACAAGCUGACACGUCAGAAAUACAAUAUGGAUGCCAAGAGAACCAAAGUAAAAGAGAGAAUGAAUGUCUCUCUAAAUGGCAGCUUUUUUCCCCAAGCCACACCACAAAAGUCCAAGCCAGUAGCCAGAUUUGCACCAGACUGGGUUCUUCACAGAAGGAAGAUGAACAUUGUAGAUCCUCUUGGUGCCAUCCAGAUGUUGGUUAAUACUCUUGCCCUCAUCUCUUAAAUGCUCCAAUAUCAUUUGUACAUAUACUGUAAAUGUUUGGUCCCCCUACCCCAAAUGCCCCAUAAUGUGUAUAUAUUGUAUAUAUUUUGGAUGUAAUGGUAGUAAAUUCCUGUUACUUUACAACAUCCAUAUUUGUAGGUGAUGCUUUUACUUUUUACUUGGUGUUCAAUUUGACACAACUAUGCCAGCCUUAGAAGCUAUAAGAUACCAUGAAUAAGUGUUUUUUUUAUUGAAAGGUGUGGCUUUGCUUGUGCACAUUUUUUGUCAGUGCAACAUAAAUCUCUUUUGGAUAAUUUGAUUAAAUCGUGUCUUUUUUUUCUCUGUAAAAACGUUGUAACAACAAUAAUUGGUAGACUAUAUGUGUCUGCUGUUUUAUUCAGACAAUAACACACUGCCCAACUGCAUACUAUCUUAUUAAAAAGGAUAUGAAUUU